CACACGCACAGAAACCGGAUGCGGUGGGGAAAUUUCAACGAAAUUCUAAUUCGAUUGGAUCGAUCCACGGAUUGACCAGUUUAAUCGUUCGUGAUCGGGCUUACGUCGGUGGCAAUCUAACAGACGACACACUUGCGCACUCGCAGUUUGCGCAGGGGUGACGGCCUCAGGUAUGCAACCUGUCGCCUAGCUGCCCACUUCUAUUACCUUGAUUCGGUAUGUGAGACAGUUGUGUAUAAGUAGAGUCGGCGCAGACCUCACAACGACUGUUAUCUCCUCUCCUAUUCAUUAAAAAUUAAGUUAACAUGUUCGAUUUCUGUUGAGAGGCCCUCGCGAAGAACAAGAAAGAAGAAAAAAAAAUGUCGAUAAAUUUUUGGGCGGAAGACACGUCUCGACCCGCUUGGGAGAUGGAAGCGGAAAUUCUUCGACUGACAACCCGAUUAAUGAUGAGAGAGAGAGAAGUGAGACAAUUAAAGUUGCAACUGAAGAACCAAUCGGUUCGAACUCAACAGACAAUUACCAGUUGGAAAAGAAAAGCGGAAGAGAAAGAGGACCAAUUAAAAAGAAUUUUACUACAGAAAGACACAGACAUGCAAGCUAUAGUCACUCAAUUAAUGUGUCUGGAGGGGGAACUGAGGCAGGAACAAACUAGGAUAAACAGUCAGUUAGAAGAGAAGGACAGGAUGAUAAAACAAUUAUCUUUAGAACUGGAAAAGUUGAGAACUUCUCAGGAUCCGGCAACCAACGAACGUAACUUUAGUAAUCGAGCCAUUAACGACUUAACUAACGUUUGGACUAGAAAACUGAAGGAGAACGACUUCAGCGGGGUGGAGGAAAAGAAGAAGGGAGUAACGAGUCAGAAAACACCGCUGAAAAUGAAAGAUAUCAAAAGUAAAAAAGCAAAUUCUCAUAGAUCACACAAAUCCCAUUUACUAGACUUCCCACCUGUUAUAAGGAAAUUGGAGCAGCACGUUACGUGACUUUCGUGUUCUUCUCGCUUUGUAUAGACUUUUAAAUAAGUUUAAAUAAAAUAAAAACAUUAUUUUCGUAAGAAA